AUGAUUGAUAUGACAGUUCGAUAUAACCUUCAUAGUAUUUGUUUGUGCGAGCGAGAAAAAAAGUUACACUUUUUGUUUAGACACUGUUUUUGGAGGGAAAAAAUGGACAACAAAAUGGAUUCGAUGGAAGCCACAGACUUUAGCUGCGGAACAUAUGAUUUUAGCUGCGACACUCAUGGCGAAACAACUGGAAACAGCACAAUGAUGAAAGACGAAAAAAAGAAGCAGCCAUGUGAGCUAUGUGGGAAACUGUUCAUACGUAGGAAAUCACACAAAUGCUACGAAAACGAGAUACACGAAUGUCCUCAUCUCAACUGUGGAAAACGAUUUGCAAAAAAAGUCCACUUGAAAAAACAUCUCCAGUCCAAAAAUGUGCAUAGACAGAAGGUUCAGAUUAAUCAGUCGAACGUGUUGGAUGUGUCAAGGCAGCAGAAUAGUACCACAUGUAAGAUUUGUAAAAAAUCCCUUUCAAGCGUGUAUAAUUUGAGGGAUCAUAUCGCGAGAAUGCACCAAAUCAAAACGUUCAGAUGUCAUUUGUGCAAUAGGACGUUCGGUACUGAGACAGCUCUGAAGCAACACAUUCGACAAUGUCACAACCAAGAGGUUUUGAAAUGUGUGGUAUGCAACAAGGGCUAUUCCAACCAGAACGGACUAAACGAACACAUGGUAAAACAUGAUCCAAGUAAAGCAACAUGUAAGUGCGAUGAAUGCGAAGAACCGUUCCUGACGGAAGCUGCACGCUAUCGGCACAAACAACGAAGGCAUAAAGAUUGGGAAUGUAAAGUGUGCUCAAAAAAGCUGAAAUCGAAACGAAAUUUACAAGAUCACAUGGCGGCAAUACAUCAGGAGCGAAAAGAUUUUUGUUGUAAUAUUUGCGAAGCAAAAAGGUCCACCAAAGAAGGGCUGAAGGCACAUAAGAAGAGAAGACACUCAGAUCUACUGACAACACCAAUCAACUCGAUGGUUGAUACAGUCCAACCCAUGACGCAAAUUUCUAUGUCUGCAUCUCGCAAGCAUAAUGAAUCAGAACAAUUGAUGGACUCUGGAUACAAUUCACUGAGCCAUUAAAAUAAUUUACAUUUAUUUCGAUUAUUUAUUUGCAGCAAUCUUGCGCUUCAUUUAUGACGAACAAUUUUAUUAAAAUCAAUGUUGUGAACAUGAAAA